AUGGGUGGUGAUUCACAAUCCACGGCUGGUGGUAGUGCUACACCGAGUGAUACGGUGACACUGCUUCUUCAGGCUGCCGGAAAUGCACCACAACUGAAGAAAAAACGAUGGGCUGUUCAACGGUCAAAAACAGUGGCCGGGGUGGUCAAUUUUCUUCGCGAUUACAUAUCUUGUGCACCGAAUGAGUCCCUGUUCCUCUAUGUGAAUCAGUGCUUUGCCCCAUCUUUGGACACAAAAAUCGGUACCAUUUAUGACUGUUACAGUGCAGAGGGAAAACUUGUACUUCACUUUUGCAAAACGCAGGCAUGGGGAUGA